AUGAAGUCCAAAGUUGGUGCAUUCUAUGACCCAUUAUUUGGAAGGCCAAAGCGAAUCCAGUCUUCCAAAUUGCUGGAUACAGGCACGAAAGCGAGCUGCCAAAAAGUUGAUUCAAAAUUUAAUGAAUUGGAGUCGGUAUUCAGGAAGACGUAUGCGAACGUGGCGGCCCUAUACUAUUCCUGUGAAAACCACAAGGCAGCGAUGAAGUCGUUCUUCUACAGAUCGAUCAACUUGAUCGAGGAUUUUCGCACAGCGCUGGAAGAUGGCGCAGAUAGUUCACAUGGAUGUUUUUCGUCGGUUACUCCACAGCUGGCUUUUGGAACUUCUUUGCCUGAACGUAGACUGGAUGGCUCCGCAGAGAUUCUUCAGCAAUUUUAUGCGAGUUCUGGCUUACCAAACAGAUUACGGGACUAUUGUAUAUCAAGGUUGAGCAAACAGAUGUAUGUGAUCGCCAAGCGACUAGAGGACGAUUUUCUGUUCUUUGAGUAUGGUGUUCAACAUCCGCUGAAGGAGAUCCUCAAGGUUUGCUCUGGUAUAUCUCGGAUCUUGGCAGCGAGAAAUGCGGCAAAUGUUGAACUGAUGGCUAUCAAGAGCAGUAUUGCCGAGCAAGAGCAGCUCCUGCAAGAGACGGCCAGCGCAGGGUGCAAGAGAAGAUACAAACGGAAACAUGAUGAUGCCAAGCUCGAAAACGCAACCACCAAGUUUGAUAUUCUCAAUUCGCUUCUGAAAGAUAAUUUACAAUCCUUCACUGAUCUGAUGAACAAAUUCAUGAAAGAAUGGUUCAAGAUAUACUAUUUCACAACGGUACGCAUAUCAUACGCCCUGUAUCAUUUCAGUUGGAGCAGUCCAGAAUUCAAGAAAAUCGCAUUCACCAAACUACAUCAAUCUCAAGAGGAUUCCAUCUCCGACAGUCACAUUCUAUCUGCUUUUCAUGCCCAGCACGACAUUGUCGCCAGAGAAGUUGACAGUUUGACCAUAACGCGGUUCAGAGACCUCUACGGCACAGUUACGGACACAACGGUUGAAAAAAUGGCCAUCGAACCGUUUUCGUUCUGA